CGCGCAGGGCCGGCCGGUCAAGGUCAACCACCGAGCGCGCACCCCCAACCGGCGACGCGGAAGCGAAGCGGCGAGGAAGGCGCUGUCGGGCGUUGGCCGGUUGGCCCUGCCGGGCCGGCCGCUGGCCGUGCGUGUGCGUCGCCCGCACGGAAGCAAAUCAAGCCAUCCCAUUCGACAAUUCCCCUCUUCUUCCCACGAAAAACCGAUUUGCUUCCAUCGGCAAAACCAAAAAGUCUCCUCCCCCUCUUCUUCUUCCUGUUCGGUUCCCCUUGGCGGCAGGCGGCCGCGUGAGGGGCGAGUCUUUCCAUAUUCCAAUCCACCGCACCGCAGCAACAAAAGGGUGGCCUCCGAUAGGUGGUGGGUUGGCAGUACUUGGUGGCGCGCGCCUGUCUCCUCCCACGGGGCCGGUUGGACUUGUUUGGAUCUUCGAAUCAUCCAGGAGGGGAGGUCUGCGUGUGAUUGUGUCGCGCGGCCGAGGCCGGCGGGAGGCGGAGAUGCACAAGAGCAGGGGGAAGCUCUCCGGCGUCCUGCACAAGGGCUUCAAGCCCGACAAGUGCAAGACGUCGCUGCGGAUGGCGGUGGCGCGGAUCAAGCUGCUGCGGAACCGGAAGGAGGUGCAGGUGCGCCAGAUGCGCCGCGAGGUCGCGCAGCUGCUCGAGGCCAACCAGGACAUGACCGCGCGCAUCAGGGUUGAACAUGUCAUAAGGGAAGAGAAGUUCAUGCAAGCAUAUGACUUGAUCGAAGUAUACUGUGAACUUAUAGUGGCACGUCUGUCCAUUAUUGACUCACAGAAGGCUUGUCCCAUUGAUCUGAAGGAGGCAAUAGCAAGUGUUAUAUUUGCAUCUAUGAGGUGUUCAGAUGUCACAGAACUAGCAGAUGUCCGGAAGCAAUUCACAAGCAAGUAUGGAAAAGAGUUUGCCACAGCAGCCCUUGAAGUGCGCCCUGACAGUGGCGUAAAUCGUCUGGUAAUUGAAAAACUGUCAGCAGGAGCACCUGAUUUACAGACCAAAAUCAAAACCUUGACCUCAAUUGCGGAAGAGCACAGCAUCAAAUGGGAGCCAAAAGCAUUUGAGGAGAAAUUGCAGAAGCCAAAUGAAGAUCAUCUAUAUGGGUCUGCAACAUAUUCUGGAGGAAGCAUUUCAACUAUGGGGUCAUCUACUUCUAGCAUGUCAGCACCACAGCCCGCGUACUCUGGUGUUCCAGCAGCGACUGUGGAUUCAGCCACUUCUCAUGUGCCAGGGGGACCUUAUUCGCCCGCAGAUGUCGCAGCAAAUAGAAAUUCUAAUGCUUUCUCACAAGAAAACAUUCAGAGUGGUUCCAGUGCUUCAGUGCCCCCUAGCUCCCAACAUGGUGCAUCUGCUUACUAUUCGGCACAAAUUCCUGGUCCUAACAGUAUCUCACAUGGAAAUACUGGAGAUUCACCUUAUCCUCAAUAUGGUGCAACAGUCCCAGACACAGUGUCCAGGAAUGAAGAGAUGAAUCGGCAUAGGGAAAGAAAACCGUCGGUGAGUGGUGCCAAUUGGAAUAUGGAAUUCAAGGAUGCAACAUCUGCUGCACAGGCAGCAGCAGAGUCUGCAGAGAUGGCAAGUAUUGCUGCUAGAGCUGCUGCUCAACUUGCUAGUCGUGGAAACUAUUCUGGAGACCAAAGUACUGGAGCUUAUGAGGCAGCUGCGUACAGUCAUGAAAAUACACCAAGGAAGCAACCAGCUGAGCAUUUAGUGAAGGAUGAGAACAGGAGUUUCCAUGACCAGAGUUCAGGUAUAAAUGAUCCAAGGGCAAUGCCAUAUGCAAGAAAAAAUUCUGGAAGAGCAGAAACAAAUCAUGUUGAAAACCAUAAUAUAUCAACAGUUCAUGCCCCAGCUCAAAGCCAGAAUAUAUCAACAGUUCAUUCCCCAGCUCAACAAUUCCACUCCUACAGUCCUGAAAGUCAUGUAUAUGAAAUGCCAACUAAACCACCUCAUGCUCAUUCACCUGAGCCUCCCCAUUUCGAUGAUUUAUAUGAGAGAGAAAGCAGCAUUGGAAGAUCUGAAGUUCAUCCAUUUGAUUUACCUGGGGAAAGGUUGCAAGAAACUGAACCUGCUGGGCGCAAUGUCCAGGAUGUGGAGAUCAGGAAGCCUAGCUUUGAUCAGGAGAGCACAAAUGACUACUAUGGCAAUUUCAGUUCUUCCCAAGAUACAUUUACUUAUGGCAGCAGUUCUGUUUGGGACCAGCAGAACGACAAAACUCGAGACUCUUCAUCUGUUGUCUUUGAUGAAUAUGUUUCUAAUGCUGAAGAAGAGAAUUUGUUGGAUACUUUCUCCUCAAAGCAAACUGAACAGACACCUGCUGUCCAAGAUCACAUGGGAUUCACAGCUGCGGAUUGGAGUCAACAACAUAGAAGUGAAUCUCCUAGCCAUAAAACUUCAAUGCUAUUUGCCAGGACAGAAACACAACAAUCUGAUAAUUUAGGAGUGAACAGAAGGGAUGUUCCUUCACCUCGUCCUUAUGAUAGCUUGCCUCCUACAUUUGAUUCAGAUGGUGGUAGUUCUGAUGAGGAAAUAGACACAACCACGCGUACAGAGUCUUUGAAGUCUGCUUCUUCUGGCCUGAACAAAGAAGCUAACAGAAUUUCUGGAAAGGUUGUCCCUGAUGUUAAAGAAAGUGUUGAAGAUUAUGAGCCUAGCUCCAGCAAGAAAUACAUGGCAUCACCUGGUCUUAAUCUAUCAUACAAGGAGAAACACAGUGGUGGAACUGGUGGUUCACCCAUAUCUGAUUAUUUAGGGACACAGGCACAGGGACAUUUUAACAGUGUGCAAACCAGAGAUUCUGAUCUUUCAGAUGAAGAAACUGAGCCAGAUAAAUUUAAAAGUGCAUUCUCACCAGAAGCAAAUGAGAAUCUGUCCUUGCCUUUUCCCAUUCAGACUUCAGCAACUUCUGAUGAUAAGGAAGGUGAUCUUGGCCUCAACUUUGGAAGGUUAACUCCUGGACUACGAAACAAACCCAGGCAACCUCCACCAUACACCAAAAAUUCCAGGGAGAACAUACUGCCAAGUCAGUCCUUGCCUAAGGCUUCUGCAAGCACUGAAGAGUCAGUUGAUUCGGAAGCGAAUACUACUCCAGUUGUACAGAACAGAAGUAGCCCCAAAAGCUCACUCUCAACCAGGACCUCUUCAGGUGGAAAUUACAAUAGUGAACUUUAUGACAGGAAUCAAAUUGUUGGAACACGCGGGGAAGCAAGAUCAACCAUGGCAAGAAAUUUCUUUGAUUCAGAUGACACUGAGAAGCUAUCCAAACAAUAUACUAAUCCAAGUUCUCCCACAACUAAGAUUUCCGAAGGUGUGAAUUCCAAUCAAGAGCUUUAUCGUGAAAAGCCAGGUACUGGAGCACGCUGGGAAAUGAGAUCAAGAAUGGCUAGACAUUAUUUUGAUUCAGAAGACAGUGAAGAAGAACUAGAGCAACAGCAGACUACUCAGCCAAAGUGGUCUGGAGUGCAGAUACAAUCACGCAGAACACGUGAUGUAACAUCAGACGCAAAGAUCGGUCAUGUCCCAACUGGAGCACGAUAUGCUGAAGAAACUGAAAUCUUGACAAAGGAGACAAAAGCCCCUCAAUUGAACAACUCAACUGAACAAAGGAGGGUUGCAUCUGUAUACCCGAGGGUUGCAGUACAGCGCUCUUCACCUGAAGAUGAGCAUGUUGAAUCACCAAUGGCGGCUAGAGGGAAGUCGCAAGAAGCUGAGAUCAGUAGAUGCUCUGUUCCAGGAAAUGUGGGAAAUACAGAAUCCUCAGCAGGAACUCUGAAAGAAAGCACCCCCAAAACACCACCUGCACAUGUUCACCCCAAGCUUCCUACAGACUACGAUUCAUUUGCUGCACAUUUUAUGUCGCUGCGAACAAACCGCCACUAGGUUUACAGUUUCACACCACAUAUAUACAGCACGGAGUUUCACCAAGUCAUAUAUAUGAAUACAAUAUACACAUGAUACGUUUUAUAGAGAUUGAGUUGAGAUCUGUACAGUAUAGCAACACGCAUUGUUUUAUGGAUUUUAUCGUGCGAUGCUAGUUUUGAGCCUACAAUUCUUUUGUUCUCUUGGCCUCAUAUAUUUCGAUAGAUUUAUAAUGUAAAGACUUUAUUUUCUGUUAGUGUUUUUUAAUAAGCACAUCAUGCUGCCGGAGAUAUAAAACUUUCGAGGUUCUUUCAUUUCA